GCAGCUCCCGCAGAAGAAACUCGAAGCUUUCCUUGCUCUACUUAUAAAAGCGAGCCGCGCUCCGAGGGGGGCACUUUACACUCGCCACUCGCAGCAUCAGCAGCCACCGGCCAACAACAACAACAAGAUGUCUCUGGAACGUGCCGUCCGCGCCAAGAUCGCCGCCAAGCGCGACCCCGCGCUGGAGAAGGAGGCCCAGGAGUGGGUGGAGGCCAUCAUCGGCCGCAAGCUGGACGGCGAGCCCUUCGAGGACGCCAUCCGCGACGGCCAGGUGCUGUGCGAGCUCAUGAACAAGCUCAAGCCCGGCGCCGUCGCCAAGGUCAACUCCUCCGGUGGACAGUUCAAGAUGAUGGAGAACAUCAACAACUUCCAGAAGGCCCUGAAGGACUACGGCGUGUCCGACGUCGACGUCUUCCAGACCGUCGACCUGUGGGAGAAGAACAAAGACUUCGCCUCCGUCAUCAACUGCCUGUUCGCUCUCGGCCGUGAGACCUACAGGCACCCCGAGUGGACCGGACCCAAGCUGGGCCCCAAGCCCGCCGACGAGGCUAAGCGGGACUUCAGCGAGGAACAGUUGAACGCCGGCAAGACCAUCAUCGGCCUGCAGGCCGGACAGAACAAGGGCGCCUCCCAGGCCGGACAGAACAUGGGCGCUGGCCGCAAGAUCAUCCUGGGCAAGUAAGGCCCGAAACCGCCAAUACACGCCUUGUUGUUCAAU